AUGGGUAUAGUCUGCGGUGAGGUGUUACUGAACGAAUUCAAUUACCUUCCUUGGUCGGGAGCUGUUACACUUGCUCUUGGUGGAAGAUCAAAGCUUGGCUUCAUUAAUGGGAAUUUUGAAGCUCCUGAUGUUUCUUCACCCAAUUAUGAAUCCUGGCUAUGCAAAGACCAAUUGGUUAUGUCGUGGCUUCUCAACUCUAUGGAGUGGAAAGUUGCUGAAAUUUUCAGCUUUUACGAGUCCUCUUUUCAUCUAUGGGAGGCUAUCAAAGAAAUGUAUGGCACUCAAAACAAUUCUACCCAUGUUUUUCAACUCAAGAAAGACAUUGCAAGCCUUCAACAAGAGGGUAAGCCUUUUAUCCAACUUCUUGGUAGCAUGAAAAGCAUGUGGAAUGAGCUUGAGGUCAUGAACAUGGAGACCAAGGCAAAUACAUUUGAGGCUAGGGCGUACAUGUCCAACAACAAGCAUGCUGAAGAAAGAGAGUACAAGGGCAAGAGGCCAGAUUUGAAGUGCCAUCAUUGCAAUAAUACUGGGCAUCCUAAGUUUGCAAAAGAUACCAAGGGUGCUCAGAAACGUUCACAGAAUUCAGGCUACAAGGCGAAUCAUGCAACUUCUUCUACUGAUGGGCCUUCAAACUUCACCUCGAAUCCUGUUUCACUCAUUAACGAGUUUGCUGCCUAUCUUCAGAAAAAGAAUGGGGGUGAUGAAAGUAAAGGAGUGACUAAUUCUAGGAGCGAGAACUCAAUUGCCUUACUUGGAAAGUUUGCUGGAUUUCUUGCUAAAUCUGACAAGUUCUGGCAUGAAGAUAUACCAGAUCUAGUCACCAAGAAGACGAUUGGUGAAGGGUUCUAUUUAAAUGGACUCUAUUACCUCUCAAAGGAUUUUCAAAAUCGCAAGGGAUUUCAUGUAGAGUCUAACCUAGCUCAAGAUCAACAUUUGUGGCAUUAA